UGUACAUCGACACAUUUCUGGUAGAUUUUUCUUUCUGUGCGUGAGCCUUCACAGCUUUUUUCCCUUUCUUCAUCGUCAAACCUGUAAAUACCAAGAUGCCGCAAAAAACCAUUCAGCAGUUGGAGGCAUACAUUAAGGCAACAGCUGUCGUGUACGACCACUCCAACACCAAACUCGUCAGCAGGAAGACUAAAGUCAGCAGGCGUAGGAAAGAGGCGUUUCUUUCUGUUCUUCCAUACAGGAAACCGUCGUCUCAUUACCAUUCCCAUGAGAGAAAGACAUCAUCAUCAUUGAUUGCCCACAAACCAAGAAGUAAACCUUCGAAAGAAAGUGCCCUCAGUAACCCGAAACAGAAGCUUCAAAUCUCUGUCAGGAUUCCCGAAAAUACCAACGAUGACGCAGCACAGACGCUUAGCUUUCAACUAGAUCCAGGGACACCUGUUCAAUCUUUAAAAGAGCUCAUUGAAAAGCAGAUUGGUGUCGAGGCGCGGCAUCAGCGUUUGUGCAUCCAGAGAAACUUUCAGAUCUGUGACUUGCUCACACUUGAGGACAACGGUGUCGAAAAAGAUGAAAUUAUCUAUCUCCAUCUAUCAACAGAAGAUCAGGAUAACGACGAUGUAACAAAAGACAAAGCCAAAAAUGAUGACGAGUAUCUCAAGGACUUGUCCUCGAAAAUCGAAUCAUCGUGGAAGGAAGUAGCUAAACAUCUAGGAUAUGAAAAAGCAGAAAUUGCAGACAUCCAAACCACCAACGAAGGCAGCACUGAACAGAGCCGUCACAUGUUACUCACUUGGUGGAAAAAGACGCCAGAUCGCGACGAAGCAGCUCAGAAGCUAAGACGAGCAAUGGAGGCCAUCGGGUUGACUGAUUUGGCUAAAAAUGUACCAGUAACGAGCGAAUCGAGAGACGAAGCAGCUGGACCCGAGCCAGAAAGGCGUCAAGAUGCAGGAGUUGACGAGGAGAGCAAACAAAACGGGGCGGCAUCAACCGAGGAAGAGAAACUGAAAAAGGAACAAGUUGGUGAUCAAGACAAACCUCAGCUUAUCAGUUUUAGGUAUGUGACACAGAGGCUGCAGGUCUUUCUCCAAAGUCACGUGUUACACAAACCUAAGACGCUUUGUUUCCAAGUGGAUCGAGAAACAUCCGUCUUGACGUUAAAAGAGAUGAUAGACAAGAAGAUUGGUGUCCAACCUCAACAACAGCGAUUGUACAUCCGAAGAAACUUUCGUAACUUUGAGCUAAGUAAUUUGCUGACACUUCACGACUGUGGAAUUCAUCAGGACGAGAACAUCUCACUCCGUCUGUGUACUGAUGGCCUACUGGGCGGUGGACCAAAAGGUGAAUGCUUAUGGAAAACAUUACCUUCACGGUAG